GUUGUUGUUCGCAAUCGUUGAUUGUGGCUUGAAAUUUAGCCAAAUCUAUCAACAAUCAUCUCGCUUUCUGUCGAUUUAAAAGUCCACAACAACCAUGGCAAAACUUUUAGGGAGAUUUCUCCUCAUGUUACUGCUGGUUUUACCGUCAAGCAUCAUGUUUACAGGGAAUGAUGGUCACUCAUCUUUCCUUGUGAAUGCUGAGGAUCCCAUCACAAAUGAAGAUGAGGUAGUUGAUGAUGAAACUGAGGAUGCCACAGUUGAAUCGCCAGAGGAUGCGACGCCUGCUCCUACUGAGACGCCAGGCUCUGACGUGACGGAGGGAGAGGCUAAGCCUGAUGAAGAAACGACUGAGGAAAAGCCACUGAAACCCUCCCCAAAUGCUGACACCAAAAUUCUGUUCACCAAGCCUACCAACAUGGAAUUCCCUGCUGGUGUCCUUGUGAAAAUUCUCGUUGGCUUCACCAACAAAGGAGAAACCGAAUUCAUGGUUGACAGCAUGGACGCAGCCUUCCGUUACCCCCAGGAUUACAGCUACUACAUUCAAAAUUUCACCGCAGUGCGUUUCGAUGCAACAGUCGCACCUAAAAGGCAGCAUACUUUUGAAUACUCCUUCACUCCUAGCGACCAGUUUACCGCCAGACCAUUCGGAUUGACCGUCAACUUGAACUACAAAGACAGUGAAGGCACUAUUUUCCAAGACGCUGUAUUCAAUGAUACUGUCAACAUUGUUGAACUUGAUGAAGGAUUGGACGGAGAAACUUUCUUCCUGUACGUGUUUUUAGCUGCAGUGGUUGUAUUACUACUGGUUGGAGCCCAACAGCUAUUGUCCUCAUUCAGUGUUCCCAUCAAUGAAUGGACACACAAGUUCACUGAUGCUUAUGAAUCUGCUUCCAAGAAAAAGCGAUUGUCUAGACCAAAACAGCAGCGUGUAGAGAUGGGCACACAGAAUAAUGCAGAUGUUGACUACGAUUGGAUUCCCGAUGAGACUCUUAAAAAUAGCAAUAAAUCGCCAAGGGCCCAGAAAAGUCAAAAAUCGCCAAAACAGUCGCCAAGACAGAGACGAACGAAGAGGAGCACCGGAGCUGAUGAAUGAGUCGCAAAAACUUUAGGACUUUAAAAAAUAAAAACAACCCUUGAAUAGUGAGACACAUUUGGAAAUGCUAUGCAACUGGAUAGAGAAAACAGUGACAUUGAGAGCUUGUUUGGUAACAUUAUGAAGGUGGGGACACUACAGUGGGCAUAUCUGACGAUUAGUUUCCAACUCUUGCUUUGUUUUUUAUUUAUAUAUUAUGUUUUAUGACUGUUUCUGGUACAGAUUCUGGCCAUGUAGCACUCCGCACUCUGGCUAAAAGUAGCUCGGAAAGUAUGUCAUGAUCACAAAAAAUAAUGUCAAAACUCGGACAAACUGAUAUCAUUUCUCAGUCGCACAAUGCACAAAUAUGUUGCGAGAUCUGGGUGACCUGUAUUUGUUAUGUCACGAGUGUGGAGUGCUGUUAAACCUCGCAAGAGUUGAAAAUUAACUCUGGAUACAGUUCGAUAAGGAAAUCAAUGAAAUCGUAAAAUAUUGAGUUGAGAGCACAUGAGCUCUUAUUUGGCUCAUUAUUAGGUCUUUUGACAAUAUUUGGGAGAUUCAUUGAUUGGUCAAGGAUAAUAUUUGGGAGAUUCAUCGAUUGGUCAAGGAUAAGGUGAUAUCCUUGUUUUCAGUAUGAUGAAUGGAUUAACGAUCAUUCUGAUUUUCUGCUCAGAUUUAGAUUUUUUUAAAAAGCUAAAUCAAAAUGUAGCGAUGAUACGCUGUGCAUGAAUAUUUGAAUGGGUAUGUCCAUUUCGAAAUGCUAAUGAUGAAUGUCAGUUAAGUUCGAUGAAUAUCCAUCUUCAGAUUUUCAAAUAAAGUCGUAUCAAUUUUCAAGGAAAUGUUUAUAAGCCGUGAUUGGCAUUUUGUUCCAAAAUCAGGUGGUGGUGGUUUGCCUGCGUGUUGGGAGCGGUUGCUGAAUUUCUAAGGUUGUUACAAAUGUGUCUUGUGGCUCAAGGUUAGUCUAUUCCACGACUCGCUUGUAAAUUUCACUGUUACAUUCUUGGAGCUUGUCACCGAGUCAUGCCCCUUGUUGUCGCCAAAAUACUUUUUGUGUCCGUGAAAAAAGGUUGAUUCUCUAGUUAAUAGGCUUCAAAGAAGGCGAAUCAGCGCCAAAACAAAUCAAAUGUGCACACUCAGAACACGUCAGAAGGCCUAAGCCGACUUCGGACAAUGCCUAGAGACACAGCGAUCCUUUGUUCAAGGUGAAACGCAUGACUGGUCAGCGCCAAAACAAACUUCUUCGAAAUCGUCAAUUGAUUGGAACGAAUGUCUGAGCCAACCAGGAGGGUUUCGUUUCGAAAUCUUGGCGACAUGAACUGAAAAUAAUUUUGUGACUGUCUUCGUUAAGAUUCAUUUAAACCCUUGCUCAAUACUUUGUCCCCAUUGCUUUAGCUUUAAAAUACAAACUACAUGUACAUGAAUAUUACAGUGUAUUGAACAACAGUAUUCAGGCUGUGCAGUGUAAGAAAGCUUCCAUAGGAAUCCCACUUGUAAAUACUAUCACCAUAGUGCACUUUACCAAUCAGAGGGGUUUGCGUCAAUUACUAGUCUGUUAUAUGCUCAAAGAGCAAAUGUCUUAAGUUUAUUUAUCUAGAUUGCGACAAUGAUUGACCUCCCCCCUUGGUUCAGAAAAUAGGGAGUAUUUAAGAAUGUUGGGAUGCUGUUUGCAUUUACAAACGGAUGCAUGUUAUUUUGUAAGAUCUUCUUUGGCCUGGCUGAUGAUGUUGUGCCAAGUUUUACUGCCCUUCAUUUCUUCAUCUGUAGGUCUCUUAGUUGAGCUUGGGAUGGCUCUGUCUCAUCUUUGUGCAAAUGGUUUUAUGAAUGACUGUCAAGACAUUCCAGCUAUUAUGGGACAUCUUAAAUGAAUGUCCAAAGGGAUUUGUAUGCAAUUCUGUGUGACUGUUGGGGCAUUGAGGCACUCGCACAAUUUUAGAGUUAAAUUGGCAUUAUAGUUAAGUUGGUUUAGUUCUUAGUGCUAUAUAUGUUUCAAAGACUUGGAAGGGACUUGGCAGUUGGCCUUCCAUGUGGGCAGUAAGGAAGAUUGAGUCCAUUGACUGUAAUUUGUUAUGAUGAUGGUGAAGAGUGCACAAUGUCAUAAUAAUGCAGCCUAGGUAUAACCUCAUUGAGGGUGGACCUUUUCCUUGACCAUCCUAAAUAAAAAAGGAGAUGGUGAGUGAACUCUUCCUUCCUGUACCGUAAUACAACUAGUACCCCAUCCGCCAGAGUAGUCUCUGCCCCUGUGGCAUCUGCUUGCCAAACGUCUUUCAUGAAGACGUGCAAAUCACACUGUGUUUUGUUUCCAUCUUGUGUCGGUGCCUCACCUCUUCUGUCAUUCAAAUAGAUUAUCAAGUGCUUCAUUCAAGGUGAUUGCAGGGCAACACUCUCAAUUUCUACUUAAACAAGCAAGAGUGUAAUCAUUUUCUCAAAACUUUUGGGUUGAGUUGAUAGAACAGUGGAACUUUGUUUUUGAAAAGUACAGCACAUUUAUACCCUCUUGCGCCAUUCCUAUUCUGAGGAUUGCUCCCCAAAUUGCCAAAACCAGGUAAAUGAGCUAUAAUGACACAAGGAGAUAGCCAAAGAAAUUGAAGAACUCGUGAAUUCACAAAAGGCAGGCAAGAUUGAAAAGAACUUCCAGUCCAUCUCAGCCUGCCAAGUUCAGAGCUAUGGGCCUGGUUGUGCUGUCAUAAGGGGUGUCACAAGUUGUUCACAGUAUAUGCGAUGCUGGUGUUGGCAAAGAAUUCAUGAAGGGUGCAUCGAGAGGUUGAUGUCCUGCAAUCGCCCUGAACAAUAUUUUGAAAAUUGAUUAAUGAAAUUGACCAAAUAAAUAUUUAAGAUUUUGA